AUGUCUCUCCCGGACUUGCCAGGAGUGGAUAUACUGAGGUUCGCGGAGAAUGGGGAGGUGCCAUGGCAGCGCGACAACGACUGCGGUUCAGACGGUCGAGGGAGUUAUUCAAUUGUGUUUCGAGCAUUGAAAGGGAAUGAGACGUUCGCCGUAAAAGAUAUACGCCAAACAGAAAGGGCGGAGCAAGGGCCUCACUUAUCCCCGAUCGAAGUCUCGAAGUCUGAGAUUAGGUUGCUCAAAGUCUGUGACCACCCAAACGUGCUCACCUAUGUAGCGGCCUAUACGAAUGACAAGAUCCCAGACCACAUUUACAUCGUGACCCAGCCUUGGGCUGACAUGAACCUGGCUGACUUUGUGGGAAUUGAAAUCCGGGGGAAGUGGCCAGAUUGCAAAUGGUGGACCUCGAAGACUCCAUUUGAUCGAUGCUGUCUUUUGUUUAAGGGUCUUCUCGACGGCUUAUCAUACCUUCAUUCACAUGCCAUAUUCCACAAGGACAUCAAGCCUGAGAACAUCUUGCUCCUUGGAGAUCGACCAAUCCUUGCUGAUUUCGGAGUCAGUAAGCUGUACCGACCAAAUGGGGGAACAAGAUACACCAAUUCCACGCCUGAGUAUCUCUCACCUGAACAAAUAGCUCAUGAAUCGAGUACGCCCCAGGCUGAUGUGUUCGCCAUGGGUUGCUGCUUUCUCCAUCUACUGUCUAUCGCGGAUAGCAAUUCUCAAUGGCACAAAGAAAGCCAGGCUGUCUUCUACCGGGAGGACACCAAUUGGCAGUACGGAAACCUCACCAUGGUUGGUCGAUUACUGGAGCUACUUCAACGACAGAUGAAGUCACAAUCGUGGCCACUGCGCCUCUUGGGGUGUUUGACGCGUGAAAUGCUCCUUGAGGAUCCUGGGCAAAGGCUGACUUCGACUGAGCUACUAGCUUUGUUACAGACAAUACAUACCGACAGUCUGGAUCGCUCCCUGCCUAUCCUUCUGCAAUCUCAAACACUGAUACUGGAAGAUGCGGUAUCUGCCCAUGACUUUCAAGAACCAAAGAUCUCCAUGCUCGUGGCUUUGACCAAUCGCAACCAACGACAAAGGUUGGAUGAUCCGCAAUUACUUCCAACUUCAAAGGAGCGCAUAGAGCUAAAGGUCUCUGUGGACACUGGUUCUUCAUUCAACAUCAUCUCCAGCGCGACUGUAGAGCGCCUGAUAGCGGGAGGCCUCUUGGAGGGGACUGACGCGGCCGACAUUACACUUUUUAGUGUUGGUGGCACGAUUCACGUCACGCGAUCUAUAUGGAUUGCUGUCGAGCAGCUUGAUUCGAGGCUGAUACGGUCUAAGUUCCUGGUGCUUGACAAUGCGAAUGCUUACUUUCAAAUCAUGUUUGGGGUGGCCUUCCUCAAGCAAUUGCCACCCCAGACCCGUUCCGAUAUGUUUAACCACCUCACCAGGUUAGAUUAUCAAUCCCCCGCACCAAUGUUGUCCCUCCCAGCCGUGAUCUUUUCAGCGACUGGGUACCAGCAUUUGGUGCUUAGGCUUCUAUACGAGAAUUAA